AAUAUUUUUGCUCUCUAGCGUACAGGUCAGUCCUACGCCAUCUUGGCUGCAAGUUAUUUUCUGUUAUUUGGGUGAAGAAGGAUACUAAAAUGACCUGCGAAACAAAAUGUGAGGGUGAACAGAAAACUUGCGACCAAGUGGAAGUCGACAUACCCAAGAAGCACGACAUCAACGAUGACAAAUUUGAAAAGUUUCCUUGGGACAAGCCCCCAAUCGAUAGAUUCAAUUUCGUCAAGAUCGUGCUAUUUAUGCUGGGUACCAUUUGCCUGUUGCCAAUGACAUUCUUCAUCACCGCGAACGAAUAUUGGAUGUACAAAUUCCGCAACACCAGCCUGGAAUACGACGACCCCAACAACCGCACGUAUCUACAGAUCAACUUUGCGAGUCUGCAGGCGAUCGCAGCGGUUUACCCCAUGACCAUUAUGAAUUUCAUCGCCGCGUUCGUGGGCCAUAAGAUAAGGUUAAAGACCAGAGUCAUUGGAUUUUUAGUCUCUAUAACUUUGGUCCUCGCGGCCCACACGAUGAUGGUCAAGGUCAAUACUGACGACUGGCAGCUCAUGUUUUUCCUGUUUACCAUGCUCAGUCAGGUUGUUAUAAGUGUGGUAAUGGGAAUCGGCGGCAUCGGAUGUAUGACUGUAGCUACCUUUUUUCCUCCGGAAUAUACCAAGAUGUACUUGCUCGGUCAUGGGUUGGCCGGAAUUCUUACAGCCAUCAUGAGGCUAAUUUCUAUAGCCGCAUCGCCUUCUACAAUAGACGCGGGGUUCAUAUACUUUUGUACCGGCACAGGACUGAUCGGUACAGGGUCGCUUCUCUUUUAUCUUGCUACGAGGACUCCGUUUUUCAGAUAUUACAUACACGCGACGAAGCAAGAAACGAAGAAGAAGAUCAACUCCCUCGGAAAAAUAUUCCAAAUUUUAAAAAUUAUUUGGAAGGUGGUGCUUUUAAAUAUAAUAACGAUGGUGUUCCCAGUAAUGGCGGUAGCUAAUUUGGUUGUUUCCGAAUAUAAAGGUUCGGGAAACACGUGGGGAGAUAGCUACUUUGUCACCAUAGCGUCAUAUCUGACGCCAGCAGUAUGCGACAUCAUCGGUAAAGGGCUAUCGAACAGAUUUGACAGAAACUACCCGUCAUGGAUCUUAGCAAUAAUCAUACUGAUAAAAACAGCAGUAUUCGGACCGAUGAUAUUUUUUUCGAACGCUCUGCCCAGGGUGCACACUAGCGUAAUAUUCGGCCGCGAUUGGGAAUACAUCCUAAUUAUGGCCGUUCAUGCAUUUGCCGGCUCUUAUAUUGGUAACAACAUCAUGCUGAAGCUGAUAAGAUUAGUACCGAAGGACAAAAUGGAUCUGACCAUGUCGGUAAACAUGAUGUCUAUGGGCGUAGUCGCUGCUGCGACGACACCCCUGGGUGUGUUCGUCGUUAGCUUGUUAUAGAAGGUUUUGAAUGACAACAGCGCAUAAAGACUGACGUGUGACGUAACCCACUAGCAAUAAAAAACAAUUGCCGACCAAAUUAACAGGAACCUAGGAAACGUAUAGUUUUGUUCAAAUUAAUACCGUUGACUGGCACACCAAAAUAUCACCUAGGUACUACACAAUUCGUGAAUUGGAACAGGAAAAACAUUUUUGAGUUCAUUAUCUCAUUGUUUUCAAAAGUUAUGAGAAAGUGGUAAAGAGAAUAGUUUUAAAGAUUGUUAGGAUGCACAAUUCGAAAUAUUUUUAAGGUAUACACGGCGGAAAAGAGUGACCAAUUAAACAUACAUUUUUUUAACUUGAAAGUCCUUAUUUUUAAAUUUUGUUGUGAAUUGGCUUCGAAAUUAUUCAACUUUUUCUAUUAAAUUAAAUUAAAAUUGAAUAUUGACCUAAACCUAAUAAUAUUUCCAAUAUAUUUUUUUAAAUACUGGUUUUCACACUUCAAAAGAAAUUGCCUACGGUCAUUAAUUUUGAAAAUCGAUCACUCAUAUUUGGUAUAUAAUAAGAUGAAGUAGAAGAUAUGUUCAAUGUAAUUUGAAUUAGAUCCUACAGGUGGCUCAAAAUGAACGAAUGAAAAAAUGAUAAAUCUGGAUGUUCUUAAAUGACGCACUAUAUACAGGGUGAUUUUUAAUUGAAUAUCCAUGAUUAAGGACGCGAUUUUUGGGUCAAUUUUAAAAAGAACACUUUAUAGGAACACCUGUCCCAUUUCUAUGGGUAACGGAUAUUCAAAAAUUUUGGAACUUUUAUGAUAAUCAACACCUACAUUCAAAAAUAAGUGUUUUUUCAGAAAAAUUGUUUUUUUAUUUUUUUAUAUAUUUAAUCGUUAUGGGCCACCAUACUUUAAUUAUUAACUUUAAAUUGUGCAUCCUAACAAUCUUUACAAUUUUUGUAUUUAUCAUUUUAUCAUAACUUUUGAAAGCACUGAGGUGAUGAAUUUUACUUUAUCCAUGACUUAACUUAUACCUUGAGCUAACAAAAUCUUAUGUAUAUAUGUGUAUAUAAGAUGUGUAUAUAUGCAAAUUUGAGGUGAAAAUGUCAAUUGGCUUAAUAACACCCUUUUUUUCGAAAAACUCAGUUUUACGAUAUGAUUGAAUAAAGUAGACAGUUGAAAAUUAUUAAUGGAAUAUGAUGUCGGGCAAAUGUCCACCUCUAGCACGUUUUCCAACAAAGCGUCGCUUAUCACGUCUAUCCAGCGCUUCAGGGCCUUCGUUUGGGUUGCUUGUGGUUUGUUUAUUCAUGUAAUCCUGGUCUUUCAGAGAAAAUAGUAAAAUUGCAAGAAUGAGGCGGCCAAUUGCCCAGGUCACUGAUGUCAAUAUUGCACAACUACGACAUCAAAAAAAUCAUUUUCAAUAAAAAAGGAAGCGAUGCUGCCUGACCACAAACACCACUACUGUGAAUGUGUUUUCCGGCAACUGUUUGUCCAUUUUGCGACAAUCUUUGUUGUUUACAUGACAGCCUAAUUGGUUAAAUGAUUCAGGAUUCCUAGAAAAAGCUGCUCGAAUUUUACAAAGUGAUAUAGUAACAUUUUCACUAUUUUGAUAUUAAAUUUUCACAAUUAUAAUUGGUUGUUUAAGAGUGUAGAGUGUAUAAUUUAAAGCCUAUUUACUUUCUAACCUCAAGUUUGCCCCUGCGUUACUAGCACCCCUUUCCGAAAGGGGUGUUUAUGGAACCCAAUAUUUUGGAAAUUAAUUUGAACCAAAUUAUACGGGCCGAUUUCAAACGUGAAACCUAUUCGACCACGAUGUCUUUCAAAUUAAUCUCUAUUGUUUUUAUAAAACAGAUACCUAGGAAUUUCGGAAUAUUGGAAUUAAUGUAAGAUUUAAAAUGCUCGGCUGAUCUGAAUAUACUUAUUUCAAUGUUACGUGU